GUGGAUGGGAGCAUGAGUUGAACGAGGAAUGAUUCUGGGUAUGAAAGCUUGGGGCUGAAAUCCGUCCGCCUGCUCGCUCGGUGAAGAACCCAGGUCGUGAUUGUCGCUGGGUCGACGAUAGUCAUCAGCACAGUGGAAGACUGGAUUAGUAUCCAUGGCGUUGAUUUUGUCAACCUGAUGGUCGGCUAUGCGGCAUCACCACGACACAGCCCACAGAACAGCCAGGAGCACCAAUGGGUCACAGAAUUGUGGGUCGAUAUGGUGUCGAUGAUCUACCGUUGUUGCGGGGAGAAGAUGAGCGUGGCCUUUAUUAGGAGGCGUCUGUUUGAUUUCGUCCGUGUUGACCCGGCGGGGCUGGGCAUAGAAUUCAAGUUCUCGCUGCCGAUUCCGGGGUUUGAAAGAGUUGGUGGUUCAUAGUGGACAAGAGGGACGAUGGUUUGCCCGCGUGGUGGAGUGGUUGGAAGUUCCUGCGGAGUUUGUUCACCGACUGCGAUUUCUCUUUAACUGCUUCGGUGGUUCGUUGGAUGUAUCGGUUGGCAUCGUGGGGGAUAACUUCCUGCCUUCUCAGAAUUCUCGCCGGAGUGGCUCCCAACCAUUUUUUUUCUCUUGAGGGUCUUCUUUUGCUUAAGCGAUGAGAACACUUCUUACAUGUGUCACUCCGACAGUCUUCGUGGUCGUGGUCGCACUCACCAAGAGAGGGUGAAAGAGUUUCCCAGAUCGGAUCAUCACUGUGACCUUUAAAGCCUUGAGAUUGUUUGUGACGGGGGACCGUAGGCUUGACAGACAUUCAUCAGGUUGCAAGGGUUCAAGGAUUUGGAUUUAUCUCAGAAGCUCUAUGUCAGGAAAUCUGAUAACGAAGAAUCUCCGGAGGCAGGCAUUCGUCCCAUGUAUGGCAGAUUCAGUUGAAGGAAACAGAAAAAUUUAGGGUGCAAUAAUAUUUGGCCAGGUAUGGAUUACCAGGUGUUCCUUGUAAGAUCCCAAGGACAAUCGGGAAGUAUUCGAGCGGGUCGGGGAGCACUGCGGUUGUUCCGAAUUCAAGAUCAUGGAAUCUCAGUCUUACCUUUGUCAACUCCUAAUGCAGCACCUUUAGAGUACAGAUUUGAGCACAUUUCAAAGGUGUUGCCAUCAGAUGAUGACGACACGGAGCUGAAAAUAGAGAUUCUGGACACAAGUAAGUCGGGGUUUGGAUACGAGACCGUACGAUACUGGUGUGAAGCGAGGGCGUCGCUCCUUACUGCGCUCCUAAACCGUAUAGAGGAUAUGAAUGGUAUUGGAAUUGAUUAUGCGGCGAAAAAACACAGCAUCUGGCGGGGAGGGUUGGUGGACACGAUUCUCCGCGUUCGAAGUGCUUCAAUCGUGAAAAUGGUCAAUUUAGGUCAUCGAUCUGAUUAUAAGGCUAAAGCAUCCAAGAAAAUAAAUUUUCUGGACAUAGUCAAGCUUGAAAUUCUCAGUGACGAUGAACAGAUUGUGCUUGUCUCUCUGAAGACUCAAACCUUGCGGCUAGCUGUCAAGGAUUCUAUGGCUUUUGUUUGCGCUAUUCAGAGGAACAUGAAGGCGUAUUUGAAGUGGGAUAUUGGAAUUGAGAGGAUAGAAACAUCUAUUAUGGUCGACUUUUUCACCAAACACUACAAGAAAGUUCGAGAAUAUCCAGUACUGUACGAAUUUCAAGCUUUGAAGCAAUCUAGGUCGCACAAACACGAUGGACCGCGCACCCUCUGUAUUACCAAGCAUCUCUUAAUUGAAAGUUUUGUUAAUGACAUUAUCAACGUCCACAGUCUAGAGGACUUACUUGGUGUCGUAGUUAGUGAGACAAAUGAUAAAGAAGUCACUCUGGAAUUUACAUCAUGGAAAGAUUGUCACUUCUUACUUGACAACCGUGACGACUUUAUUGCGAGCGUAGCAGACGUGAUGGGCAUGGGAAAGGGCUCUACGUUCAGCGUUCGCUUAGAGUCGUUUCACUCCUUCAUGUUUCCAGAGCAACAGAGUUCUCAUUACCAGGGCGAGUGUGAAACCUUCUACUUGAAUCGUUUUAUGGCUGCUUAUAAUUCUACCCGAGAGGCAUGGGCCUUGCACAUGCCUUUGAAGGAGUACGCUGCUAAUAUUCUGGUGGGGGAGUCACAAUGCACUGAUCUGAAAAUUCUUCAAGCUGUCGGUGACACACUGAAGGAAUCCAUUGGAAAAUUGAAGCCAGAUGCUGUACGAGCCACAACAUGCUGUAUGGUUCUUGCGAGGCUUUUGGGAUCUAAACCUUGCUUUGAUGCCAUUAGAAGCUUACCAGAACUUACCACGGUCCUGUUCCAGUGUGUAAAUUUUAGAAGUAACAUUGUCUCAUAUCACGCAACUCUGGUCAUACGUUGUGCUAUCAAGUUUAUCUCUCAACCUGGAUCAAUUGAUAGUGGCACUGCAUCAAAGCAAGAAUUUGCCAACAGGUUGUCGGUGCUAAGUGCAGAAAAUCUACAGCAGUUGGUGGCUUUGCUCCAUACGCAUUCACUUGCCAAUCAUAAUCCACUUCAGACGACAAGCGUUUUGGACGUCUUAAUGUAUGCCCUCAGCUACACGCCGACAGAUAAUGAUGCGGGUCGUCUCUGGCUUAGAGCAUAUGAGGCGUCUAUAAUGUCAACCGCAGACCUUCUGUGUAUAUUUUUCAGGUCAACCAGCGACGUUGUGUUCACUAGACUCUCAGUUCUCCUCCAAGCAUUGCUCACAACAAUGUCGUCGGUUGUUCGUAAACAUCUCCAAAGUGUAUGCCUUUAUCGGUGCGUGCUUCUAUUGCACUUGAGUACCGCAGUAUUCUCGAAGAAGCCACAUCUCCGUUUGCUGAGCUGUAGUAUAAUGUUUCUUUUGAUGCAAGAAAACCGUGACGCGAAGAAGCUGCUUACGUCUGUGUUACCCAAAGGUGUGAUGAGUUUGUACGCCAAUAAAUUGACUGAGAUUGAUGGCAAGAAGGAACCUGCAGACGAAUUUUGUGCAUGGAAGGAUACCAUUGAGUUGCUUCACAGUAGAAACGUUGAGACGCCGCUUCUUGUAUGGAACGACAUUAAGCGUUCGGAGCUGAGGAAGUACCUUCGGAGUCAAAUAGAGGGAUAUUAUGCGGCCUUGGAAUCGAGCAAAGAUGUAUGGUUUAACUCGGCAGAUGUUCAGCUUGAAUAUUCCUCUGCCAGUGAAGGAGGAGGGUCUGUUGUUAGAGGCAUUCAUCUUGAGCUUCUUGUUGACCACCACCCUCCUGCGCAUGGUCUUUACAAUUCAUUCUGGAAGCUUAGCGAUCCGCAGCCUUUAUUUCAGUCAGUAUACCAAGCCAUGCUUCUGGGCUUUACUCCAUUGUUUGGCAACAACAAUCUACCUGAACUUGAUCUGCGCCUAGCUGUGCAUGUGUUGACCUGGAUCUACGAACGACAUACAGAGGAGGUCACCUUGUGUAUGGAGACAUUGAAAGUUAUCGAGACGGUGGUGGGGAUGCUGCGGGAAGUUAUUGACAGUGAGCAUGAGGUCUUUGUAUUCAAAUUGGUCAUUUUUCUGCUGGCCACGUUGAAGAAAGGCAAACGAGAGAAUGUGGUUCGUUUUACCCACGCAGGGGGACUUGCUGUUCUGGCAUCCUUAAUGGUGUUAUCUGCAGAUAAGAGUUGUAAGAACAAGCUGGAAUUUGAAUGCGAUGGCUGGACCAGUAAGGAUACUGUAGCUCAGGGUGCAUUUGAAAUGGUGAAUCAUGUGGGAUCUGACGGAGUAUCAAGGUUGGUGAGGAUUCCGUCGGGAAGUGCACGAGAAAUGAUGGGGAAAUCUGUGCAUGAUGGCAGCUUAGAAGCCAAAGAUGGAAUUAGGUGGCAAGAUAAAGAAGUUCCUCCCAAAAUUCAAUUGGGUCUAGUCCUGGAUCAGUUGGAAACUGUUUUGAGUGUAUCUGGUGAUAGUAGUAGUAAGCAACGUUAUCCACCAUCUGCUGCAGUGUUAAGCCUUACCAAGGACGAAACUCUUUGUCACUUAGUGCAAGUUUUACUCCGUCUCAAGUCACCCGAAUUCGGCAGGGUUUUGGAAAUCCUCACAAUUAUUGUCAAGGGAAAUAAGAACGCCAUGGGAAAGCUGUACUCAUUAGGUGCCUUUGAAAUUCUGCUUUGGAAAUUCCUUGCUGGAGAUCUUGUCGACUGGGAAAAAGACACGAUCUGCAAAUUCUUGUUGCAAUGCCAUUUACUGCAGGAUCAAGGAACGAUGCUUAAUAAAUCUGUGAUCGAUCCGGACGAUGACCAGUCACUUUGUAAGGCUAGUGCACUUCGACUAUACAUACCUGAUGCAAUUAUUAUAAGGGUUAUGUCCGAGGAGAUGGACUCAUACAAACUACUCGCAUCAAUAUUGGAUACCGAACAAGACGCACCCGAGAUUAUCUGGAACAUGGACAUGCGGCGAAAUUUGGUGGAUCAUCUAACUAGAGAAUUGGAGCCAUAUGUGAAAUUUCGUGCCAGCGACCCCAUGGCACUUUACGUGCACACAUCUCGAGCUCCUAUACACUAUCCUCAGUUGGCUGACAUGAUCUUCUCUGCUCCUUUUUAUCUACAAAACCUUCUUGAUAAGGAUCGCUUUUCAGAUUACCUAAUCACUGACCCUGAGCGGUUCUUGAGCAGCCUCAUGCUGGGUCUUCGGAAUUUGGCAAAAGCUGGGGAUUCAGUGUGGCGCAAGGAAGUACAGCGAACUCAGCUCCUUCUACACGCCUUGGCACACCUCAUUGACCGGCACAAGCUCAAGCUGCCGAGUGACACAGAGUACCUCCUCGUAACGAUGUCAUCGCUUUCUUUACAGACUUGCUUAGUUGAGAGAGAGAGGUCUGCUCAAGUCUGCAUAGAUACCCUGCACUAUACUGUCAGAGUUCUUCGAAGAGUUGUAGCAUUGAGAACCAAGGGAGAAGACUUGCCCCAAGCAACACUGAGCUUCGCCCUGGACAUCCUUUCGCUUGGGUCUUGGUGGAGCGCCAACAAUAGUCUCGACUUAGCGCUUUCGGGGUCUCUGUCUGUGCUAGAGGUCAUAUCCUCUAACCCUGGUGGAAGGAAACAUUUGUGGGAUGACCUUCGGUGGCUGAAAGGCAUGCAGUGGGCUCUUAACUCUGCUGUGAGCGAUGCCACUGCAACCCCACCGAGACCUCCAAGCGUCAUCUCCUACACUGCAUUGAGUUGCUUGAAGCACUUUGCAGAGGAUUCAGAUUUCACUCAGAUGAUUAUUAAUGAGGGUUUUCAUCUCUCACUGCUGUUGCUAAUACUCCCGUCGACAAGCGCAGAUUCAAAUUCUCAAAGCUUUAAAUCUACACUGCCAAUUUCGGCUGCAGAUGUGCUUGGCUCUUUGGUACGAUCGGAGGGAAGUAAACGUAGCUCCCUUUCUAAUCUGAUGCCUAGGGCGCUUCUGUCUUGGUUGCAAAAUGACGAGGACCUUGGUAGAUUCAUCCACAUUGCAAGCUCGAACAUUCAGAGCCCGACCACAGUGUGGACUGCUGAGGUACGGAAUGAGCUUCGUGACAGGGCGCUGGAGCAGAUAGCGAGGAACAAGGAUCUGACUCACGGGGAUGAGGCGCAAUGGCUGCAGAGCUUUGAGUAUGCUUGUCUUCGGUCAGAGUUUGUAAUCGGUGGAGUUUAUGUGAAUCAUCUUGCGUCUGGGAAGUGGGAGGCAGAUGAUCUCCCAGAUGACAUUGUGUUUCUGGAUCUUAUCAUGGAUUACCUUGAGAGAGAACGCAGUGUUGUGAGCGGGGCUGAGAUUCAGAGCGAACCAACUGAGGAAUAUGAAGAUAAGCAUGUAAUCUUUUCUGAAGGCGCGCAAGAGCGGGACAGUAACGCAGCUGAGCUUGAGAAAUACGUCACUGUGCUGAUGGCAGUAGAGGAGUGUCUAAUUUACGCAGCUUCUCAUAGUAGAAACGAUGUGAUGAAUGGGAUCAGAUUGGAAAUACUCAUGGAAAUUGCGGCGAUGGAGCAGUGUGCACCCAAAGUCUGGACUGCAAUCAUGUGCAUUUUCAAGGUGCUAGCGCAUUUUGAAACGUACCAAAAGGUCAUUUUCCAAUCAAAUCUACUCGGUAUAGCAGGGAUAUACCUUUGGAAUUCGGUGGCGGAAGACAAGGGUGACGAAUCGAAGACGGUUCUUCUUGCCACUCUUGACAUGCUACAAUCCUUAAGUAAUCAUAUUCCCCCUACCGUAGAGAUGACAAACUAUUUCUCCAGCAGCGGCGUGCUCUUUCCCUUGUUAUGUCUCUUUUGCGAUGUUGACCUUCCGAGUUUGCGAACAGGGAUAAUAGAACCCGAGAAGAUAGGUACUGAUGAGAGAUUAACGGCAGCUUACACGCUUGGUCAACUCCUGUUGUGUUCGAGUGGGGUCAGCCAUCGUGUAAGUUUUCCUGAAGGUUAUGCAGACCGUAAAGAAUCCCGUAGCGAAUCCAAAAAUUCUAGGGCAACAACAGAUAUAGACGAUCUCAUGAAUCUUCUGGAGCCGGGCUAUGAGGGGCCGAAACCGCUUGUAUUCCGCACCUUGUCAUUAUUAAUGCCACUCGAGCUUCUGUCCGACCUGGCGCAUAACCCGACUCGGGCCUGUGAAAGAUACACCGAGACGGUCUACCUUCCGAGGCUGGUGUGGGACGGCGAAUUGCGGCGUUGCGUCAAGCAGCUGCUCACAGAGGAGGCUAUCAAAUUGCAAGGGUUAGUGAAGAACCAGGUGGUUGCAGGGCUUGGAUCAUGGGCGUUGGAGUUUGAGCAGCCAGUUUUCACUCGCUGGAUACUUGCCACUAUUCCACACGACAAAUCCAAGCCGAUGUACAGAACCGCAAGAGAAGAGGGUUAUGUACCAGAAAUGUAUUUAGGGGGAUUUUUUUUGGACCAUUUUCUUAGAAUACCCAUGUUUGUCUUUGGCAAAUUACUUGAGCAACGUUUUCUUCGUGAAGUGCAGAAGGCUAUAGUUUUGGGGGUCUAUGCAGAAGAUCCUGAUUCUCUAAGAAGACUUAUACUCGCGUUGCUGUUGCUUUUCAAAGGCCGGCCGUAUUUGUUGGCUGGAAGAUCAUACAUCGACAUCUUCCUUGCUGUGAGCCGUUAUAUAUGCCCCACUGGAGCUGAAGCUCGUAUGCUAGCACAACCAGCCAUGAUUCUGACGCACUUCAUUGCCAACCACAAAGACAUCGUCGAUUGCAUCGUUUCGGAAGACUUGAUUGAAACUUUACUGGCAUUUCUCAACUUGGACGUUCCCGAAGCGGACGCUGGUUUUGCUGGCACUGACCCUAGGCUGUGCAGCCUUAUGAUUUUUCUCAGGCUAAUAAGGUUGAGUCCUGCAACCAUCGAGUUUACCUCACGCGUAGGUGUUGUUCAAAGAAUUGCUGAGAUGGUGCUUGAUAUGGAUGGAAACCAUGACGUGUCGAAAACAGCUCUGUAUUGCUUGGUGUUGAUGUCCCACGACAAGCGUAAAGGCCAAGAAGUGGUCCGAAUAUUGGAUACUUUAGUGCAACCUGACAGUAAAGGCUUCAAAGACAUUCCUAUAGAUAGCAUCUGGGACGAUGUUGCCGACUUUGAGAUUCUGCAGCAUUUUCUCCAGCAUCGGCAUCCAUGUGCGUGGUGGACCUCUGACAAGAUGGUGGAGCUUGUGGACGAUGUGGUGUCGGCUACACCGACUAUUUCUACUACUGGAUCUCCCAGUUCAAAAGCUGCCAUCAAUGGUGCGACCGAGGACCAAGAGGUUAUCAAGGGCUCUAUGCCUGAAAAAUGGGAUGGUCGGUUCUUGCAGGAUCAGCCUAAUUAAGAGGUAAUUUGUCAGAUGAAUCAAGGCUUGGAGAGGCGUACAGGGAGUCGAGGUGCGCUUAUCGAAUGAACCUUUUCAUGCAAUCAUGCCUUGAUUCAAUCUCAAGGGCACGCCUAUUGUUCUUGGCGUAGCUGAAGGUGAUAAAUGGAUUUCACUGUUACUCAAGCAUACAGUUUCUGUCUGUGUAUAGGUUGUAGUGUACAUCAUUCUAGGAUAGAAUUGAGUCAAGAAUGGAAUGUAAAGAUCCAGAGAGGUAUGUAUAUGUGAGAUAACCCGUAUAAAUUUUAGCAGAUCGAAAUACGUAGUUGUGUAGAAUACUGAGGCAGAUAAAACAGGAUAAGAAAGACAUCGCUGGUGCAAAAUUUGCACCUAGUAGCCACGAGUCACUGAAGAAUAAUAGUUGCACUUGUAUUGGUGAAAACAUGUACACUAUAUCAUUUAUAGGUUCUUGUAACCAGGGCACAACUAUCUGUUGAAGUGAGAGUAAGAUCGAAGUAAAGAGGAAGUGCAAUUCCUAGCAUUUAUGGGUCUCAAAGUUGGGAUCAUGUGGGAUUAACACAGGAGCAAUAAAAAAAAGUCUUUUCAAGGUA